AUGUCGCACAGACCCCUGUUCCAAGGCCGCCGGCGGCUGAGCACUUUCCAGCGGCGGUCCCGCCAGAACAGCGUGUCCACGCUCGACGCCACUGCGCUUGUGGACGACAACACCUCGGAAAUGUUUUCUGGCGUGGCCUCCGGCGUCAUCCCGUCGUCCGUGUCGUCCUUCCACUACGCGCACCACUUUGCCCGGCGCCCGUCCCAAGGCGAGCCCCUGGACGACGCGCUGCCGCUCCUUGCGGCCGCCUCGCGGCCCGCGUACGGCGCCAGCGCGCCGGACUUGGACUUGCGCUCCGUGGCCUCCGCCGUCUCGGCCGUGCUGACGGAGUCUGCCCAGGGCAACUUCCGCUUCUUCACGUCCGACGAGAUCGAGGCGGCGCCAGGCGGCCUGACCCUCCAGACGCCGGCCUUUGCCGUGGACUACAACACCCACUGGGACUACCCCGUGGACAAGCUCGGCGACGCGGACGGCACGCUCCAGCCGGACGGCCGCGCCCGUCUGCCUCCUGCUGGGGGAGCCACUUUGAACGGGCCGGGGGCCUUGGACCGGCUCUCCCGGGCGUCCGGCCCUGCCGGUGACGCGGACGACGAUGCCCGCUCUGUGUACGAGGACCGGUUCCGGCGCCGCAGCUCCGUGGCCUCGAGCAAGAGUAGCGCGUCGGCCAGCGCCGCGUCCGCGCGUGCCUCCCUCGAGGAGGCCGCGUUUGUGAAGGACUACGCGCCCGUGGCCUGCUACCAGCGGUACUACUUGGCCGAGGAAGACAUCGUGGUGGGCAUCGCCGGCUACUCGGCCUGUCUCUGGAAGACCGUACUCUACUACGCGCUCUGUGUGUGCACGCUCGGCGUGGGCUACGUGGUGUUGCGCUGGCUCCCGCGCUACCGCGUCAACUUGAAGGGCACGCCGUGCCCGUUGGGACGGGCGGACUGGUGCGUCGUGGAGAACGAGUACGGGGAGUUGACCAUGGCCGAGGUGACGCGCGCGCGCUUCGGCGACCGCCUCUCGAGCUUCCUCACGGUGGCGCUGAAGCUGGAAAACGACGGCCUCGAUGCGUCCUCCGCCAAGGACCACAACCCGGUGGUGCCCUACGUGCACUCCUUCGAGUAUCGCUACCUCAAGUUCUUCUACAGCCCGGUGGACGACAUGUUCCGGACAAACUCCAACUGGUACGACUUGCACUGGCUCAGUGUCAAACACCUCCGCGAGGGCACGGCCCAGUCGCUUCAGGAGCAACGUGCGGACAUCUUCGGCAAAAACAACAUCAGCAUCCGCGAGAAGUCCGCCCUACAGCUCUUGGCCGACGAGGUCUUGCACCCGUUCUACAUCUUCCAGGUCUUCUCCAUCCUCCUCUGGCUCGCCGAUGACUACUACUACUACGCCUCGUGCAUCUUCAUCAUCUCGCUUGUCUCAAUCAUCAACACGCUUAUAGAAACAAAAACCACCAUUGCCAGGCUCAAGCAGAUGAGCUUGUUCAACUGCGACAUCCGGGUCUGGAGACACGGGUUCUGGACUCAAACCGACUCCGACAACUUGGUCCCCGGGGACGUGUUCGAGGUGGACCCCUCCUUAGCCAUCAUCCCUUGCGAUGCACUCUUGAUCAACGGCGAGUGUGUGGUGAACGAGUCUAUGUUGACGGGCGAGAGUGUUCCCGUCACGAAAUCGCCGGCCACAAACGACACGGUCCAACACCUCGCAGAAAACUUCACCAGCUCGGUAUUGACUCGCUCGUUCUUGUAUAAUGGAACCAAACUUCUCAAGAUGAAGACAUCCAAUGACGAGCCUGUACUCGCAACAGUGGUGAAAACGGGCUUCAACACCACGAAGGGCUCCUUGGUGAGAUCCAUGCUUUUCCCAAAGCCUGCAGGAUUCAAGUUCUACGAAGACUCAUUCAAGUACAUCGGCUUCAUGACUAUCGUGGCCUUUUUUGGCUUCAUUUACUCAACCUACAACUUCAUCCAGAUCGGCCUUCCCAAGCGUAUCAUGAUUUUGAGAGCUUUGGAUAUCAUCACCAUUGUUGUGCCCCCCGCAUUACCCGCCACUUUGACCAUCGGAACCUCUUUUGCAGUCACAAGGCUCAAGCAGAAACUGAUAUUUUGCAUUUCUCCUACGAGAAUCAACAUCGGCGGGAAAAUAGACGUGGCGUGUUUUGACAAGACAGGAACUUUGACCGAAGAUGGCUUGGACGUUUUGGGUGUUCAUCCCACGAAAAGUGCCGAUGGAAGAAAGGAGAUUGUGUUCGAACAUCUUAUCUCCAGUAUUGACCAAUUGUCGCAUCAACAUGCUGAAGGUCAUGAAAACAACAUCCAAAGUAAGAAUCUUCUUCUAGGAUGCAUGGCCUCUUGUCAUUCCUUGCGUUUGAUUGAUAAUGGACUCCUCGGUGACCCGUUAGAUGUCAAGAUGUUCGAAUUUACGGGAUGGAACUUCAUUGAAGAGUUUGGUGGCUUGCCUUUCCCACUUGUAUACGACAGUGUGGGGAAGGAGACUUUUGGAUACAAGAUCCUCAAGGAAUUUGAAUUUGUCGCUGCUUUGCGUAGAAUGUCAGUCCUUGUUGAAAGGAAUGGUAAUAACUACAUUUUUACCAAAGGUGCACCGGAGGUCAUGCUUGACAUUUGCGACCCCACAACAAUCCCAUCUGAGUAUGAGGAGUUGCUUCAUAAGUACACUCACGGUGGGUACAGGGUCAUCGCUUGCGCUAGUAAACCGUUGGCUAAGGGAAAACAUAAAAACCCAGACAGAUUGGAUGCCGAAAAAAAUUUGAGCUUCUCUGGUUUUAUCAUCUUUGAAAACAAGCUCAAAUCUUCUACAAAAGGAACUCUUAAACAACUACGUGACGCAAAGAUCCGAAGCGUUAUGUGUACUGGCGACAACGUCUUGACGGCUGUGAGUGUUGGAAGGGAAUGUGAGUUGAUUGAUCCACUAGUCACCCAAGUCUACAUACCCCGAUUCGCCAGCGAUGAAGAAGUUUUGAGCUCGGGAGACACGGGGCUUAUUUGGGAAGAUAUGCACAACCCGCUGAACAAAUUAGAUCCCACUUCCCUUCAAAGAGUGACGAGUGAUAUUCGUGAUGAUGUCCACGAAUACAUCUUGGCGAUCACUGGUGACAUUUUCCGUUACAUAUUGGUCGAGUUGCAAAGACCAUAUUUGACGGAUAUGCUCUUGAUGAAAUGUAACGUUUUUGCCAGAAUGUCGCCGGAUGAGAAGCAUGAACUUGUCGAGCAGCUUCGAAAGCUUGACUAUACAGUGGCAUUCUGUGGUGAUGGGGCGAACGACUGUGGUGCAUUAAAAGCAGCUGAUGUGGGAAUCUCAUUGAGCGAAGCUGAGGCAUCUGUUGCUGCGUCGUUCACGCUGAAAAUAUUCGAGAUCUCGUGUGUCUUGGAUGUGAUUCGGGAAGGACGGUCUUCAUUGGUGACGAGUUUUUCAUGUUUCAAGUACAUGUCCUUAUACUCGGCUAUUCAGUUCAUGACCGUGAGCUUGUUAUACAGGCGGGGGUCCAACCUAGGAGACUUUCAAUUCUUGUACAUUGACCUAUUCCUCAUUUUGCCACUUGCUAUCUUCAUGUCGUGGUCAAAGCCGUUUGAAAAGUUGGUGGUGAAGAGGCCAACGGCAAACUUGGUCAGUCCAAAGGUUUUGAUUCCCCUUUUGUGCCACAUCUUCAUCAUCGCAAUGUUUCAAAUUAGUGUCUGGCUAUACGUCCAAGAACAGCCAUGGUAUAUCAAGCCUGUGCCAUCUGAAACUGAUAGUGAUGUUAAGUCAUCAGACAACACUGUGUUGUUUCUUUUCACAAACAUGCAAUACAUCUUGAAUGCUGUGGUGCUCAGCACGGGUCCGCCAUACCGGGAGCCAAUUAUCAAUAACAAGCCGUUUUUAUUGAAUUUGGUUUGUGCUUUUGGGAUGUCUACGCUCUUAUUCAAAAUUGAUCAGGACACAUGGUGGGGCAACUUCAUGCAGCUUACUAACAUGUCGCUGGAGGCAUACUUUCUCAUUCUUGUUGCCGCCUUCAUGAACUUGACACUUCUGUACCAAGGUGAGCAGAGGGUGUUCCAGAAGUUUGCCUGGAUUUACAAAAGACUAUUCCAUCGUCACCGAAAGAGUAAGAAAAGCUUCAAGAAUUUGACAAACGAUUUUAGACUUACUGUGUGA